GAGCGCAGAUCAGACCGUGUGAGCAGUGUAAGCGCUGUGUUAGUGAGAGAGCAGAGUAACCCGACAGCGGCACCUAGCGGUCACUACAUCGGCAGACAUGGGCAGCCUGGAGUCCAAGAACAAGAGCACUGAUACCGCCGCUAAUAACAAGGAGGCAGAACAACAGGAGAAUGGACAUGUGAAAUCUAACGGGGAUGCCCCCACCAAGGAGAACGGUGAUCCCGCUGCAUCCAAUGGCUCCGCAGAGCCUGCCUCAGAGGAGAUCAUAUCUGCCGAAAAUGCUGACUCGGCCGCCCCUGCUGCUGCUGACCCUAAAGCCGAGGAGCCGCCGGGCAAGCAAGCCAAGAAGAAGCGAUUCUCCUUCAAGAAGCAGUUCAAGCUGCCAUUCCGUAAUAAGACUAAAAAGGAGUCUCCUGCUGCAGAAGAGCCCCCUGCUGGCGAGGCUGCGGCAUCACCCAAGGAGGAGGAGAGCAGCCCUCCCGUGGAAAGCAAGGAAGAGCCGGUGGUAGUGGAGUCUGCAGCAACUCAGGAAGAAUCCACCCCUGAGGCUGAGGUUCCAUCCAUCGAACCUGCUGCUCCUCCUGCCCAGCCUGAGCCAGCUGUGACCACACCUGAGGAAGAGCCCAAACCGGUGGAAUCUGCUCCCACUACAGAACCUGCCACCGAGCCCCCUAAGGAGGAGUAGUACCUGGACACCCUCCUAAAAAUGGACUUCUGUGCAUUGAGCCUCCCAUUUACCUCUCCCUUUACUCACCACACUCCUGGGUUCUGUAUCUACUCCUCGGUGGGUGUGAGCAGAACUGAAAUAUGUGCCAAAUGUUGCCUUCCUGCCCCUCUGAAUACACUAUCCAACUUCAUUCAGAGGAGAAAGCAGAAACUCAAGUGUUGUCCUUCUGGUGCAGACCCAAUGAACUGUAUGGUACAGACUGCACUGCUCCAUCCUAUAGACUUGUAUUAAGCCUACCUCCCAAUGGCUGUUUUAGACAAAGACAAGAGCUUUAGAUGGCUGGAGAAACCAGGGAAAUGGGGUGGUCUUGCACUUGAGAAUCUACUUUGAACUAUUGCUGGACUCCACUUCUGAUCUGGUGGAGCUUAUCCCAUUCAAAGUGACUCGCACAGCUGACUGCUGCUCACAGGCAACUUCCCUUGUGUGUUUACAGUAUAGUGUUUCCCCCUACUUGGUGUGGAUGUCCAGCAUUGUAACACUGCAUCAGUGACCAGAGGUGUGGCAGUGUGGUGCUGGCUGUUGUGAACUGAGAGAAUGUGUAUCUUUGUAAAUAUAUAUAUUUUUCUUUUAAGGUCAGGUUCUGUGAAGUCACUUUUUAACUCCUUAAAUAGUACUGGUUGUAUGUUUCAUCAUGUUUUCAAAAUAAAUUAACCCCUUUAUACCAA